AUGCCAAAUGCAGACAAUUCAAAACACGUAAACACCUUUAUCCACAGGAUUCUCGAUUUUCUCAAAAAACACGAUAGGGCACUGUCAUAUAGCGAAAUAGAAGAAAAGACAGGCAUCAAUGUGCUGAAUAAUGUUCAACUUGUGCGAGCUUUGAAAAUUAAUCCAAAGGUUGCCAUUACACAUGAGUCUAUUCAGUUUCUUCCAAGCUAUGUAGUAAGAUGCAUGGAGGAUCUCGUAAGCAUCCUCAAAAAAGUAAAUGGAAAAGAAGGAAUAGAGAUGAACAAGCUUUUGGAGUCUCCAAUUGACAUCAGUCCAUUUAUCAACAAGCUAGUCCAGCAGGACAAAAUCAUUAUUUUGAAAGACAUAGACGAUUCCGAGAUAGUUUUUUUCAACGAAGAGCCUCUUCCAACAUUAAAAAAGGAAAUAAAAGAUCUUUGGGCGUCUGUAAAGGUGCCCAAUCUCCAUGACAUUACACAAGAGCUGAGCGAGGGCGGAUUGAAAGGUUCCGAAACGUGUGUACUUAAGAAACAAAAAGCCACUAAGCAGACCAAGCAAAAGAAAAACAAAAGAAGAAUAACAAUUACAAAUACACAUGUAAAGGGAUUAGAUUUGGAUAAUUUAAAUGAGUCGGAUUAA